CUCUGACACUAUGGCUCUUGGUCGCACUGCUAAGCUCAACACCGGCACUGAAAUUCCUCUCGUUGGACUGGGAACUUGGCUUGCAAAGGAAAAUGAAGUCAAAAAUGCUACAGAACAUGCUAUCAAUUAUGGAUAUCGACAUAUUGAUUGCGCCCAUGUUUACGGUAAUGAACACGAAGUUGGGCAAGCUCUUAAAAACGUCAAAGUACCCCGAGAACAUAUUUUUAUUACAUCGAAGUUGUGGAAUAACAGCCAUCGCCCCGACCGCGUGGAGAAAGCCUUGGAUGUUACUCUCAAAAACCUUGGUGUCAAUUAUUUGGUCGCCUUCAAACCUACCGAAGAACUUUUCCCCACUACUGCUGAUGGUAAAGUUGAAUUGGAUGACGGAGUCACCAUCGCAGAAACGUGGGCAGCUAUGGAGAAGCUUCUUGACACUGGCAAAGUCAAGGCUAUCGGUGUAUCAAAUUUCACGAUUGGCGAACUUGAAAAGCUCAAGAAGACCGCUAAAGUCAUCCCCGCUGUGAACCAAGUUGAGUUACACCCUUAUCUCCCUCAAGAUGAUUUGCUGGAAUAUAGCAAGAAGAACGGCAUUCACUUGACUGCCUAUAGCCCCCUUGGAAAUAAUCUCGCUGGUGCCACUCGUGUAGUUGAUGAUCCUACUGUCGUGAAGAUUGCUGAAAAACUUGGUAAAACCCCUGCACAAGUGCUGAUCUCUUGGGCUGCUCAACGGGGUACAAGUGUCAUUCCCAAAAGUGUUACUCCCUCUCGAAUCGAAUCCAACUUUCAUGAUUUCGAACUCGCUAAAGAAGAUCUUGAGGCUAUUAACAAGCUUGGAGCGAAGGGUGUCCGGUACAAUGUGCCAUCCACUUAUAAACCUGUUUGGCCUGUUGAUGUCUUUGGCGAUGGUCGUUAAAUGAAAGCGCAUUGACUGUAGAUAAGGAUGGCGAUUGCGGUUAAUAAAUAAAAACAAAAUCUUUGAAAUUUCAAUUAAUAGGCUUUUUGGCUGAAAGCGUGUGGUUAGUAUCAUAGGCUUUUUCUCUUACUAAUUUCAAGGCAAAUGCGUGGACGAGGGGAA